CACGAAAUGGGAAGCGGUAGCACGGAAGAGAAUGGCGGCCCUAAGCAGCAGCCGUCGUCGAGGGCCGGAGCCAUGGCGCAAGCCCAAUCCCGCUCAGUCUGCGAAACCUACGCUCUGACCAACACCGGAAACGAAGGCCGGGUGCUCGACGCCGCCCAGCCUGUGCCCCCGAGGGACGCCGACGAGCUCGCCGCCGAGCGGUUCGCGCACGGGGGCUGCCGUGACGUCGUCGACGAAGACUACGACACCAAGGAGAAGAUCGCGGAGGCGCUGGAGGCGGCCGCGCAGGCCGUCGGGGACCAACCCGUGGAGCGGUCCGACGCGGCCGCGAUACGAGCGGCGGAGGCGCGCGCCAUCGGACCGGGAGUGGCCAUCACCGGUGGGGUCGCCCAGCAGGCGGAGGCGGCGGCGCGUUCGAACGCCACGGCCGCGCACGGCGAGGACAAGGUCACCAUCGGAGACGUCCUCAGGUGGAACGCGACGGCGAAGCUGCCGACGGACAAGGCGGUGACGAGGGAGGAUGCGGCAGCCGCGGUAGAGGCAGAGGCGGCGUGCGCCCCCGGUGAGGCGACGAAGCCGUACGGCGUGGGCGCGGCGCUCACAGCUGCGGCGAGGCACAACCAUGGAUUUCAUUUUCACUGAGAUUUCAACGUAAUACAAUGAAUUUCAGUAAUUUCGGUGGACACCGAAAUUAUUACCUU